AUGGCAGCCAUCUCUUCUUUCUUCAGACAAUCAACCUGGAUCCCUAACCCCGAGCUGACCGAAAAGAACCUGCCUAACCAAGCUGGCCGCGUCUUCAUCGUCACUGGCGGCUACGCAGGCAUCGGCUACGAACUCAGCAAAAUCUUGUACCAGCAUGAUGGCACCGUUUACGUAGCUGGACGCUCUGAAGCAAAGGGAAACAAAGCCAUUGAGGAAAUUCGCAAUGCAGUGCCUAACUCGAAGGGCAAGCUUGUGUUCAUGCAUGUUGAUUUGGCAGACUUGACUACUAUCAAGCCUGGUGUUGAGAAGUUUUUGGCGCAAGAGUCGAGGUUGGAUGUUUUGACUAAUAAUGCUGGUGUCAUGACGCCACCCAGUGGCUCCAAGACUGCCCAAGGCUAUGAACUCCAAAUGGGCACAAACGUACUUGGCUCCUUCCUGCUCACCAAGCUCCUACUUCCCAUCAUCGAAAAGACAGCCGCCUCCUCACCUGCAGGAUCGACUCGCGUGACCUUCGCUGGCUCUCUUGCCGUCGACCUCAUGUCCCCAACUGGAGCCGUAACUUGGACAAAUGGCGAACCCACCGUUCACAGCUCGCAGCAAACCAACUACGGUCAAUCCAAAGCCGGAAACGCUCUUCUCGCCAGCGCAUUACGCCGCCGCUACGGAAAAUCCGGCAUCAUUUCCAACGCAUGGAACCCCGGAAACCUCAAGUCCGAGCUUCAGAGACACCAGUCAGCUGUAGAAGCCAUGUUCAUCGGUAUGCUUACCUAUCCAGUUCACCUUGGUGCCUAUACCGAGCUUUUCGCUGGUUGGGGUGAGGAAGCUGGACGUUCUGAGAAUGCUGGCAAGUUCAUUAUUCCAUGGGGUCGAUUUGGCCCCGUGCGUUCGGACGUCGCUGAGGCGAUGGAGAAUGGUGGUGAUGAGAAGCUGUGGGAGUGGUGUGAGAAGGCCUCUGCACAGUAUGCUUGA